AUGACCAUCGCCAAGCACACGGUCUCCACCAUCCUGGACACGCUGGGAGAGAACGACUUCGUGAAUAUCAUUGCGUAUAACGACUACAUCCACUACAUCGAGCCUUGUUUUAAGGGGAUCUUGGUCCAGGCAGAUCGGGACAACCGAGAGCACUUCAAACAGCUGGUGGACGAGUUGAUGGUCAAAGGUGUGGGGGUCGUGGACCGAGCCCUCCAUGAAGCCUUCCAGAUCCUGCAGCAGUUCCAAGAGGCUGGGCAAGGAAGCCUGUGCAACCAGGCCAUCAUGCUGAUCACCGAUGGGGCCGUGGAAGACUAUGAGCCGGUGCUGGAGAAGUACAACUGGCCGGACCGCAAGGUCCGGGUCUUCACCUACCUGAUUGGGAGGGAAGUGAGUUUUGCUGACCGCUUGAAGUGGAUCGCCUGCAACAACAAAGGCUACUAUACGCAGAUCUCCACACUGGCGGACGCCCAGGAAAACGUGAUGGAAUACCUGCAUGUGCUUAGCCGGCCCAUGGUCAUCAACCACGACCAUGACAUCACCUGGACCGAAGCCUACAUGGACAGCAAGGCACGGAGCCUGGCACUGCUGACCACCGUGGCCAUGCCUGUCUUUAGCAAGAAGAAUGAGACGCGGUCCCACGGCAUCCUCUUGGGCGUAGUGGGCUCUGACGUGGCCCUGAGGGAGCUGAUGAAGCUGGCGCCCCGGUACAAGCUUGGGGUACACGGCUAUGCCUUUCUGAACACCAACAAUGGCUACAUCCUCUCGCAUCCUGACCUCCGACCCCUGUACCAAGAGGGGAAGAAACUGAAGCCCAAGCCCAACUACAACAGCGUGGACCUCUCGGAAGUGGAGUGGGAGGACCAGGCCGGAACGCUGAGAACAGCCAUGAUCAACGGGGAGACCGGGUCUCUCUCCAUGGACGUCAAAGUCCCGCUGGACAAAGGGAAGCGAGUUCUUUUCCUGACCAACGACUACUUCUUCACGGACAUCAGUGACACACCUUUCAGUUUGGGGGUGGUGCUGUCCCGAGGUCACGGAGAAUACAUCCUCCUGGGGAACACGUCAGUGGAAGAAGGCCUGCACGACCUGCUUCACCCAGACCUGAGCCUGGCUGGCGACUGGAUCUAUUGCAUCACGGAUAUCGACCCAGAGCACCGCAAGCUGAGCCAGCUGGAGGCUGUGGUGCGCUUCCUGACCCAGGAGGACCCCGCCCUGGAGUGUGACGAGGAGCUGCUGCAGGAGGCGCUGUUUGACGCGGUGGUCACAGCCCCCAUGGAGGCGUACUGGACGGCGCUGGCCCUCAACAGCUCUGAUGAGUCCGAGCAAGUGGUGGACAUGGCCUUCCUGGGCACCCGGGCCGGCCUCCUCAGAAGCAGCCUGUUUGUGGGCUCCGAGAAGGUCUCCGACAAGAAGUUCCUGACUCCGGCAGAUGAGGACAGCAUGUUCACCCUGGACCACUUCCCUCUGUGGUACCGCCAGGCCGCCGAGCAUCCUCCCGGCAGCAUGGUCUUCAACCUCCGCUCAGCAGAAGGACCAGAAAGUCCCGGCAAGCCUGUGGUGGUGACGGUGAGCACAGCUGUAGCCGUGAGUGUGGACAACAGGACGGCCAUCGCUGCAGACCCGUGUUCUGGGUACCGACCCCCCAAAACCUCCCGACUCAGAGCCAAAAACCAGCCUGAUGGCACCUGA